AUGCUGUUUCUAGGCGCUGUGUUCGUGUUGUACCAUCGCAUUGGAUCCCCAAGCAAUUAUGACGGAGUCAUCUCGGACUCGUACCAACACCGGGUCGCCCAGCGCUACGAAAUCUUGGCGGCACAAGGACGAGGAUAA